CAAUAACGUACUUGAACAAUUGAAACCUAAUAUAGCUUUGAUCGUAAUAUACUUCCUGGAAUUUUACUUCUAGUAGAAUUAACUAGAGUGAGUUUCAUAUAAGGGUACUAUAUAGAAACUACCAUCAACGAGGUUUCUAACUUUGGACCAACACGUGAAUAUAUGUAUUGGUUUUUCAGAAGAAGAAACAAGAUAUUGCAAUUCUUACUUCUCUGCCUCACAUAAGAUUUUACCACUUAAGUAUUGAUAAUAAGACAUGUGGUGCGAUUGUAUUUGUGUACUUGAGCAAUUAAUGCAUAGAAGGAAUAUUAAAUGACUGAUACAGGGGUGCCUACUAACGGAAGAAAUGGUAGUAACAAUGAUAAUGACCAUAUCAGCAUUUCGACAAUUUACUCAGAUGUAUUUAGUGAUAAGGGGUUAAGCUCAAGUGAUGGUAGUGGUAAAAGUGUAAGCACCAGUACGAGUUAUGAAACUAUCACAUGGAAAAAGGAGGAAUACUUUUAUGAUAAUCCAGUUUUUGUUAGAGACGUUGAAGAUUCCACGCAGGUCACACGUACAGAUUCGACAAAUCCAGUGGAUAAUAGCAGUGAAAAACAGAAAUGCCCUUUAAGAACAUGGAUGACUCUUGGUGUAAUCGGUUUGUGUAUAAUUGGUGUAGCGACAUGGAUAUUCCACAACAAAUAUUUUUUGGGUUCAGAUAAUGCGAAUGAUCCUGCUUUUUCUAUUCAAUCUCUACACAUUCCGGGUCAGUGUGAAAAUGAUAUCUCUACUGCAACGAUUGGAGAACAAAUAUGUAUUUCUUAUACUAGUACACAGAAAGUUACAAGUAGCCCGUCAAGUAUACAUGUCAGACAGUUGACAUCACAAUAUUUUAAUGCACUUGAAGUGUUUGAUGUCAAUGUGUCAUCUGAUAACUUUGUGCAACAAAAUGGGGAUUGGAUAGUCAACUACAACUCUUCAAGAACUGACAGACAAUUUCGCUUUUUCAAGGAAACGGCUACAUGUGACAAUAUUGGAAUUUACGAAAUCACUAUAGAACAUGAUGAUGGAAAUAUUACAUCCGCCGAAGUUGAAAUAGGUUUAAAAGAUCCAAAGCUACAACACAGCGUAACCAGAAUUAAUGACAGUAUUCAUGUUCAUUGUGAAAUGACGAAUACUUGCAAGGCCAGAUAUUUAGACUUGAUUGUCAACAAUGGGGAAUCGUCACGUUUGAUACCUACCAUGAAUGAAUGUGGUAAUAACGAUAAGAAAAACAGCUCAACAAUAUCAGCUGAUGUGAUAAUUCCUGUAUCGAGGUUUUCAGGAAAUCAGACCAUCUCUUGUGUUCCACUUAUGACAGACCCGGAACUUGCUGCCAACCUUACAUCCACUAUGGGCAUACCUGUCUGUGAAGGGGCUGAUUGUGUACCUAAUUGCAAGGAUGAUCCACAUGGUAUAGCAUACUUUCAAGACAAGCAUAUAUGUAAUAUAUUUUACCAGUGUUCAAAUGGAGACAUUAUUUUACAGAACUGCUCAUCAUCAACAUAUUGGUCACAUAGCGAGUGCACUUGUGUUCAUUUUGAUGAUGAAAUUUGUGACGGGAAAACAUACAGAUUUUUUCAACCCGCUAUGUCUUUUGAAAAAUGCACCAAGGCAUAGCGGAUGUAAUAUAUGAUCAAAGAACCAAUUUAACACAAUGAACAGAGUAUACAUUGAACAUCGGUUUAAGAAAUAAAAUGACCGUAUUCUUAGUAAUAUUCGUCCAGAAAAGUGAUGUUAUAAAGAAACAGUGAAAUUUGUUUAUGUAAGUUGGACACCGUAAGACAUAUUCCUUUACCUGGCUCGAAAAUGAUUUUUCGACGAAAAUCAAAACUUUACAUAUCCCAUAACAGCAUAAUUUAACUUCAUCUGAAUUUGUAUCCUUUGUUUUUUUCUUUUUCCAAUACUUUAAAGAAUAUUUAUACAGAAACAUUAUAUGAUAAAUAGAAGUUUGUCGUGUUGACUGAUUUAUUCGUUAUUGAUAAAAUAUAUUGCGAAAUGACAUGAGUUUUGCAUUGAUUCAGAAAAUAUGAAUAAAUCAUUGUUCUUUCUUAAAAAAGUUAAUUAUGCCAGAAUUACUUACUGAAUAUGUGAUUAGAAGACUAUAAGACCUGUUCUGUCUGGUUGCUAGGAUCAUAUUCUAUAUAUAGGGAUAAUAACGCAUUUCUGCAUCCCAGUUUCAUAUCAAUGUUAUUUUCACAUAAAAGUCAUUCAUAACCUGGCUUCAUUUCAUUAUCAUUGAGGCACUCUUGUCCCACUUAUAAAGUGAAACUGAAUUUUAUCUGGUAGAAUAAAUGUCGUUUCAAAAAAAACAGACUGAUGGAGUGCUUGUUUUCAAUAUACCCGAAUAAUAAGGUUGAUUUCGUCAAUCAACCAUCUCUUAUUGCGUUUUCAGAAUCCUUGGUCGAAGAUUAAUGAUAUUUGUGAAUUUAUUACUUUAUACAGUACGCGCCAUAGUAAAGACAUUUAGUCAAAAAAAUUGUCAUUGUUGUUACUCUGUCAUGUGUUGUAGACUUAUAUAUAUGUGUGUGUGUGUAAUUUCUACCGUUUUGUCAAUAUUGUAUUAUUUGCUAUGUGUUAAUAUUAGAUGUUUGUUGUUUCAAAAUAUUUCGAAUGUUUGGAUUGUUAACCGACGAAAUCUCGUCUAAUAAAUUGUUACAAUUUGUAUAUGUCUGUGAUAGCCAUCUAGUGUUUAAUAUUCAGUUCUUAGAAUUGUUUAUGGUGGAAUAAAGGUUAAAAUCAGGUCUUCUUUG